AUGGCUGGUUCUGAAGAGGCCCCAGUGCCUCCGGCUCACAAGCGCCCUCACUCCGAUCUAGAUGUUGACCAGAAUGACGAUGAUUCCUCUUCCGACGAUGAUUUCGGUCCCGCCCUGCCUUCCGAGGCUGCUCCAAAAAAGAAACGGCGCAAGCUGCCGUUUGAGAAGGUCUACGUCAAUGCGCUACCGGCCUCCCCACGAUAUUCGAAAUCGUUGAUGCACAAGGACCAACUGUCCUUCGUCACCGUGACUCCAUUCACCGACUUUGUGAUUACUAGCUCUGUGGACGGAGUGGUUAAAUUCUGGAAGAAAAUGGCAGACGGUAUUGAAUUCGUCAAGGAGUUCCGAGCCCAUCCAGGGGAGAUCCGCAGUGUCAAUGUCAGUGCCGAUGGCCGGAGUUUUGCGACGGCUGGGGUCGAUAAGAGCGUGAAGAUCUUUGACGUGAUAACCUUUGAUCUACUGGCUAUGUAUUCUCUAGAAUUUGUCCCUCGGUGCGUUUGCUGGGUGCACCGGCGAGGGGCUUCUCUACCUUUGCUUGCAGUGACGGACGAAUCCAGCAGCACUAUCCAGGUAUUUGACGGACGAGGCGAGAACCCAGAGCCUUUGCACUCGGUGAAGUCCAUUCAUCGCAGCCCGGUGGUAUCAUUGGCAUUCAACAACGCAUUUGAUUGUGCCAUUUCAGCCGAUGAGUCUGGAAUGAUUGAAUAUUGGCGUGCUGGAGACGGAUCCUUUGAGAAGCCCGACAAUGUCUUCCAGCUGAAGUCGUCUACCAACUUGUUUGCCUUCAAGAAGGCCAAGUCGACGCCGACCGCUAUAACCAUUUCACCCUCGGGCGAGCACUUUGCGACAGUCUCGUUCCCGGAUCGACACGUGCGGGUGUUUGAAUUUGCGACGGGCAAGCUCUACCGCACAUACGACGAGUCAAUCGCAACCAUCACCGAGAUGCAGCAAGCUGGGACGGCCCCUUACCCCCUAGACGAGGUGGAGUUCGGACGACGUCUGGGCGUGGAGCGAGAGCUGGAAGGAGAGGCUACGCGGAGCAAAGUUCGAGUCUCCUUUGAUGAGUCGGGCCAUUUCAUUUUCUAUGGCUCGCUGUACGGAAUAAAGUGCAUCAACACGUACACGAACCGGGUCGUUCGGAUGUAUGGUCGCGAUGAACCCUUCAGGGCAUUAGACCUGGCCCUCUACCAGGGCCAGCCGCAACGGAAGGGGGUAGUCACCGUGUCGAUGGCCGCCAGCAGCAACCCGCUGCUGCAAGAGGCGGAGGAACGCGAUCCCAUCUUGAUCAGCACUGGAUUUGCCAAGGUGCGCUUUUACAUGUUCACCAACGAGACCGACAUCUCCAAAAGCAGCCGCGACGUGCAAAACGAGAAGCCCACCGAGACCACCGGUGGACCCGAUCCCAGUACCACCAAGACCCAUGAGACCGGCACCGCUGCGAUCCUGCAUACAACGCUGGGCGAUAUCCAUCUUCGCCUGUUCCCGUCUGCGGCGCCGCGAACGGUGGAGAACUUCGUGACGCACGCGCGGCAAGGCUACUAUAACAAUACGAUCUUCCACCGGGUGAUUCGCAAGUUCAUGAUCCAGGGCGGCGACCCGCAAGGCGACGGCACCGGUGGUGAGUCGAUCUGGGGUGGGGAGUUUGCGGAUGAGUUCUCGAGCUUGAAGCACGACAAGCCGUAUACGCUGUCGAUGGCUAAUGCGGGGCCUAACACGAACGGCAGCCAGUUCUUCAUCACGACGGAGAAGACGCCGUGGCUGGACAACAAGCACACGGUGUUUGGGCGCGCAGUGCAGGGACUGGACGUGGUGCACAAGAUCGAGAAUGUCAAGACGCACAAGGAGAAGCCCGAGGUGGACGUAAAGGUUGUCAGCAUCUCGAUUUCCUGA